GGAGCCUUCCAGCGCACCGUGCUGGGUUCCUCUGCGACUGGGGUGGUUUAGGCGCUUGGUGAAGGGAGUCCGCCGAGUAGAAAACGAGUAAAGGAGCGACCUUUACGGGACAUUUAAAAACCAAAAAAAAAAAGAAAAAGAAGAAGAAAUCCAAAAUGCCUUCCAACAAGGACGAUGGCGGGUGGAAGAGUUUUCUGUGGAAUUCGGAGAAGGGGGAGCUGAUGGGUCGGACCGGAGGCAGCUGGUUCAAAAUUCUAGUGUUCUAUAUCAUCUUCUACGGGUGCCUGGCGGGGAUCUUCAUCGGAACCAUCCAAGCCAUGCUGCUCACCCUGAGCGCCUACAAGCCCACCUGGCAGGACAGAGUUGCACCCCCUGGCCUUACACACACCCCCAAAUCAGACAAAGCUGAAGUGGCCUUCAACCUCAACGACGUGGAGACCUACGUGCCUUACACCAAGGCCUUGAAGGAGUUCCUGACCAAGUACGACGACGAAUUCCAGAGGGACCAGAUGAAGUUCGAGGACUGCGGAGAUGAGCCUGGAGAGUACAAGAACCGCGGCGACUUGGAGAGCGACGUGGGCGUCAGGAAGGCCUGCCGCUUCCCCAGGUCCCUGCUGGGGCCCUGCUCCGGCAUCGAGGACCGCGAGUUUGGCUUCAAGGAAGGCAAGCCCUGCUUCAUCGUCAAGCUCAACAGGAUCGUCAACUUCCGUCCAAAGCCUCCUGCCUCCAACGAAAGCAUCCCUGAGGAGGCUCAACCCAAGGUGCAGCCCAACAUCAUCCCUAUCCACUGCACCAACAAGAAAGAGGAGGACGCUGGUAAAAUCGGGGAGAUCAAGUACCACGGUAUCGGCGGCGGCUUCCCCCUGCAGUAUUACCCCUACUACGGCAAGCUGCUGCACCCUCAGUACUUGCAGCCGCUGGUGGCGCUGCAGUUCACCAACCUGACCCUGAACACUGAACUGCGCAUCGAGUGCAAAGUGUACGGCGAGAACAUACACUACAGCGAAAAGGACCGCUACCAGGGACGCUUCGACGUCAAGAUCCAGGUUAACAGUUUAUGACGGAAAUCAGGACCGUAGCACUUUUCCCUGACCGCCCCUCCCCUCUACACCCCCCUCUGUCUUUAACCGAGUACCAAUCUGAUGUAGGAGAUGAUAAGCGAGGGGGGUUUAGGCUGUAGCGGUUAAGUCAAUCACAACUAGUCUUGAAUGAAUAAAUGAGAGGGAGAGAGAGAGGGAAAAAAACAAAAAAAACCUGCUAGGGGACCGAUGCGUAACCAGUCUGCUUUCAUCACUAGCUUCCACACUUCUUGUCUAGCAUUUAGAAUGUAAUUUUAGAGGAAAAGUAGCGGUAGGCCUAAUAAGAUAUUUAUUCUGCUGUAAAUGAGACUUUUCCACAAGCCAUGGGACAUCUGUUCAUUGAUGACUGUAAAGUUAAAAUUCCAUCUCUGACGUGUAAGCGAGCUGUGUUUUUCGUCCCCUCUGCAUAUCGCCUGCCUCGUGUGGUUUCAGUAGAUAUUUCUGGAGUGUGCAGUAGUCGCAACGAUCCGGUCCUUCCAGAACCUCGCUGUUCUUCUUCUUUUUUUCUCUUCUCUUCUGCAGGCAAGCUUUAGCAGCUCUAGGCACGUGUGUGUGUGUGUGUGUGUGUGUGUGUGUGUGUGAGUGUGUGUCAGACACGAACACACACUCCUAACUCACUUAAUGAUUUGAAAUGAUUCGACAUGGUACACUCUUCCGAUGCGCGUAAGGAAAAGGCUGCACUCCAGGGAACUUCUUUCCUCUUUUUAUUUGUCUUUUCUUUUUUUUUCUUUUUUCCAAUCUGAUCACGGGAGACUCUUCUUACUUUGCCUUUUUUUUUUCUUUCAUGUGCUUUUUGUUGUUAAUCACUUAAACGUGUGAAGGGGGUUUUAUUACUUGGUUUUCAUGCCUUUUACUUUUGAUUUUUGCCUUGAAUGUAGUUGAGUUGUGUGUCCAGCCUGUUAGACACUGGCCUGCUGUUAAGUGCAUCGGUGCUAACUGGAAAUUUGAAGAAGGAACUUUUUCUUUUUUUUUUUUUUGGUUUCGUUUUUGUUUUGCUGGAUUCAUCGCAGCGUCGUGGUGUAGCUCUCUGAAUGUUUUAGCCAUUAAACGUGGUGGAAGAAUUUUAUAUUUAUGCAGCUGUACAUUUUGUUUUCUUUGCAGAAUAUUGUAAUGUAUACAUGCAAUACCAAAGUGAGGAGUUGAAGAGAGUCUUUAUCGGAAGCAAUGCAGUACUCGUUUUUAGGAUCUCAUCAUGUUAAGUGCUAAAGUCAAUGUCUCGCCUUGCAAUCUCUAAUAGUUGACUCUUGAUUUGGGUUUUAGCCAUGACUGUAGUUAGGUAUACGAUGAACAAAUACCAGGCAGUUUAAUUCCACGAUGACCUGAUGUUCAUGCAUUUCAAAAAAAAAAAAAAAAAGAUAAAGAGUUCUGAUAGAGCUCAGUGGCUUUAGAUGACACAUGAUGUUGGCUUUAACAUCAGGAUCUGGUGUUGACGUGAAACACUCGACCGGAUCCUUAAACGUUGUUCAACUUUCCAUGAGUUCAUCCGACUUUGUCAUUUAAUCGAAGAUGGAAGCAAAUAAAACCAUAAUGGACCUUU